AUGAAGGCUCUCCUGACGCUGGGGCUCCUCCUGCUUUCUGUCUCUGUGGAGGCCAAGGUCUAUGAACACUGUGAGUUUUCCAGAACUCUGAAAAGCAAUGGAAUGGCUGGCUACGGUGGAGUCAGCCUGGCAGACUGGCUGUGUAUGGCUCAGCAUGAGAGUAAUUUUGACACAGAAGCUAUAAACUACAACUCUACUGACCAAAGCACCAACUAUGGGAUAUUUCAGAUCAAUAGCCGAUACUGGUGUAAUGAUGGCAAAACCCCAAGAGCAGUCAAUGCCUGUGGGAUACCCUGCAGUGGAGCAGAGGGCAGCCGCCCUGGAUUCAUCCCUCCAAACCCUGGACUCUCCAAUAAAUCUUUUUCAUGGGAUUUGCUACCUGGUGUGACUCUCUCACCAGGAGAAGAAAACAAGCAAUACAGAGAAGAGUGA